UCAUCCUCUCAGCACCAUGCAAGAAAGAGGCUAAGAGGCAGCCAGGGCAUCACAGAGAACACUGCCUUUUUACUGCCCUGAGCUGACCCCGAGUGCCAGGAAGAUGGAGCCACGCGUGCUGGUGUGGGGAUUAUUCACAUUCAUCAUGGUACCUGGCUGUAUGACAGAGGACUGCGACCAGCACCCACCGAUCAUCAGCUAUGCCACGUUCAAAGCCCUCACCUACAAGAAGGGCACCUUGAUAGACUGUGAAUGCAGGAAAGGCUUCCGCAGGAUAAGAAACGGGUCGAUCUAUCUGCUUUGUAUAGGAAACUCUUCCUGGGCCAACAAGUGUCAAUGUGUAAGCACUUCCCCCAGGAACACAACAGAACGAGUCAUACCUCCACCUGAAGGACACAAAGAGAAAAGCUCCCCAGAAAUGCAAAGUCAGGUGCAGCCUGUGGAUAAAGCAAAUCUUCCAGGUGACUGCUGGGAGCCCGCUCCAUGGAAACAUGAAGCUGCGAAUAGAACUUAUCAUUUCAAGGUAGGGCAGAGCGUUCACUACCAGUGCCUGCAGGGAUACAAGGCCAUACAGAGAAGCCCUGCCGUAAGUGUCUGCAAGGUGACCUGUGGGAAGACACAGUGGACCCGGCCCCAGCUCACAUGCGUAGAUGAAAGCCAGCUCCAUUUGCUUGCAGGUCAGGAAGACACUCCUGCAAGCACUGAUGCCCUUCCUGAAAGUGAGGCUUCCUGCCCCACCACAACAACAGAGCUUUCAAAAGAGAGAGAAACAGCUACAACCAUGGAGACGCCCAUAUUUCCAAGCGAGUAUCAUGUAGCAGUGGCUGGCUGUAUUUUCCUGCUGAUCAGCACCCUCCUUCUGACUGGCAUCACCUGGCAGUGGAGAUGGAAGAAGAGUAGAAGAGCCACCUAGAAAACCAAGAGUGGUAAGAACAGCCCACAGGAGUCAUGAAGCAUACGCAAAACCAAGGAAGUAAAACACUUUCCCAACAGCCGUCUCUUGUGACCACUUAGAGUUUGGAAAGCUCUAAAGUUAUCUCAUGGUAAUUCAUCACUAAGCCAGACUGUACCAUCAAAGAGUGAGUUCCAGACUGUUCCAAAAAGUCCAAGGUCUUUAAAGGGAAGAUGGAGGAACAAUCAGAACAUUCUGUCAUAUUUUUGUGUAUAAGAGUUGAUGAAGGCUAGAAUGGUAUGCGACUCCAUACCACAGACAAUACAAAGAAAAAUACCUUCAUGUGGAUUUCACGCCAGCUUCCCAGCUUGGAAAUCCUAAGUGAAGCCCAGCACUAAAGUAAUGCCCUGUGGUUCUGGAUCUUGUCCUUGCGGUUCCUUCCCCUGGCUCUAGCUGCUUUCCUAUUCUCCUGAUUAUAUAACUUACUGAACAUCUUGUAAGAACUCUGAGAUGGUAAUGAAGAUGCUUUUUUUUUUUAAAGCUCAGUCUAAUAAGGAAAUCCCCUUCUAUUGUGGGUUUACUUAUUAUUUCCUAAAGAACAGGUGCUACGAUAGAGUAAUUUGGGGGUAACACCAAAAUAGGGCAGCCAAGCCCUGGGAAUUAUACCAAAUCAACAUUUGAAAGGAUUUCAGUGGAGUCAGUGCCAGAAACAGAAGGAUAAACCAGGUCCCAGGUCAUGAGUUAUGCUUAUUGAAACAUUUUACCUGUAUAUUCGGCCUCUUUAUAAGAGUUUGUGUCUUUGGAACUACUGUAAGUCAUACUCUGAAUCUGGCCUGCACUAAUGUAAUGUUUACUGGUUGACAUGCAGUGUGUGAAUGUGUACUUCCCCAAUAUUUGUUAUUAAAACACUGAAAAAAUCAAUGCUUUCAAUGUCUAAGGGAGGAAUAAAAGAAGGAAUGAAGAUGAUGGAGAGAUUAUAUUGAUAUCUUGAAAUUUAAUUUUGGAAACUUUGGUAAAGAUAUCCCAGUGGUCCUCAAGUGUCACCCAAAAGCGAGCCAAACCAGAGUCACCUGGAGGCCUUAUAA